AGUAGGCAAUGAAAACUCGUGGGCGAAGAGAGAGAGAUACAACCUGCGGAUACAAGCGAGCACUCGUCACAAUCAAGAGCUGUGGCGGCCACGGUCGUCCCGCGCGUGCCACUAUGAUGUGACUGCUGACGCAAGGAAGAAGAAGACGAAGAACAGAUUUGAAACCCCCGCCGCUGCCAUGUUGUCUUCGCGCAUCGUUGUUGUUUUUGUAGCGGCGACCUGUUGCUGUCACCUCAUGGUGCCCGUGCUGCUGCUGUGCUACCUGCCUCACGUCCACGCCGGCCACAACAAGCCGGCCAGCAGGUGGCUAAUUGGCGACAGAGACAACCACUGCGGCGGCGCUUGCACGCGACCGCAGGCCAAGCCAGUGUGCGGCUCGGAUGGACGCAGCUACGAGAACGGAUGCGAGCUGCAGAGGGCGCGCUGCAAAGACAAGACGCUGACGUUGGCGCACCGUGGCCGCUGUCGAGGAAGAAACUGGGCGAAAGUCCAGCAGUCAGCGGUGGUGCUCCCACCUACGCCGCCAUCUCUGAGCGGGGAUACGGUGCAAACAGAUGAGGGUCAGUCCAAGUGUCGCGUGGAGAGGAGCCAGGCUUUGGGGCAAGCCCGGAGGCCACAGGAAUCCAUGUUUGUUCCUGAAUGCAACGAGGAUGGCUCGUUUGCGCAGGUGCAGUGUCACACUCUGACAGGCUACUGCUGGUGCGUCACCACCGACGGAAAGCCAGUGAGCGGCUCCUCGGUGCACAACAGGACUCCGGUGUGUUCAGGAAACUUCCAUGAGUUUUUGGGAACACACGCCGGGACGAGCGCAUUGACAGGGUCCGUGACCGACAGACCUCCGGGGCCACCAAACUCCGGGCGAAAAGUCUCUUUCCGUUUCUUUCUCACCCUCAAUCCAGAUGACGGCUCCAAGCCUACGGCCACCGUGGAAACCCUCGUCCCCGCCGAAGGCGACGAGGUAACCGCCCCCACGCUGUGGAUCAAGCAGUUGGUUUACAAGGAGAACAAGCAGAACAGCUCCACAUCCAGGAAGCAAGAGAAAGUUCCUUCUUGCGACCAGGAGCGACAUAGCGCCCUGGACGAGGCCCGGCAGAACCCCCGUGAGGCCGUCUUCAUCCCCGACUGCGGGUCCGGCGGCCUGUACAAGGCCGUCCAGUGCCACCAGUCCACCGGCUACUGCUGGUGCGUGCUGGUUGACACCGGACGACCCAUUCCGGGAACCUCCACCAGGUACCAGACGCCAGAAUGUGACGGAGCCGCACGUUCUCGCAGCUCCGACGCCGAAGAUCUGUUCCAGGGCCGAGACCUGACAGGUUGCCCCGUGGGGAAAAAAGUUGAGUUCAUUACGAGCCUGUUAGACGCCCUGACCACGGACAUGGUUCAAGCCAUAAACUCACCGGCGCCCUCUGAUGGCGGGAGCAGGUUCGUGGAGCCGGACCCCAGCCACACGCUGGAGGAGCGGGUGGUGCACUGGUAUUUCGCCCAGCUGGAUGCCAACGGCAGCCAGGACGUUGGCAAGAAGGAGCUGAAGCCUUUCAAAAGGUACCUGAAGGAAAAGGCCAAGCCCAAGAAGUGCGCCCGCAAGUUCAUCGACUACUGCGACCUGAACAAGGACAAGGCCAUCUCGCUGCACGAGCUUAAGGGCUGCCUAGGAGUCGGCAAGGACGGUGGUUCAACAGCCGGCGGCAACUACGGGACAAGGCAAGGGACAAAUGUGUUCACAGGUCGCCUGGUGUGAGAGGAGAAAGUUCCCGGAGCCGAGACGAGAGCAGAGGGCACAGAAGGAAGGCAUCAGCACGCUCGCAUGACGGUGAAAAAAAAAAAAGACUGAUCGGAGAGAAAAUAACUUCCUGACUUGUUUCACACACACACACGCACAUACGCGCAAAACAGAAGAAACCGAAGCAGCGCCAAAAUAUUUGCACUUUCUCCUCCAUGUUUGCAUUUUGGUUUGCUUGUGGUGAGAAUAUAUCUACAGUUGUAUGUAAAAGUCGUCACGUCGCAAGUGGAGCAUGUGCUUAAAUGUUAGCAGUUAGCCGGCGAAAGUGCACAUGGCUCUCAACUAGGGAUGGGCAUCAUCUCAAUUGUUUAACGGAAAAAAAGUCGAAGGAUUGGGCGGAAUCGCGUCACGAAGCGGCGCGGGGGUUGAAAAUUUGUGGCAUUGAAACGGGAGUUCAGAACAUUCAGUGAUUCUGUCAUCUCAUUAAAAAAAAUAAAUAAAUUCAGAAGGAAAUAAUUUGAUUGCGUGAAGUCGCGUCUCGACAAAAUGGAGGAAGAUAAACAUCACGUCAACGAUUGGCUGUGAAAAUGAUUUGGAACAUUCGGAGACGGAUUGCCAAUCCGCGUGAUUUCUAAUGCGGGCAUCAAAAGAGAACUUUCAAACACUCACGGAGUUCUUCUCCCGCGUGAUUAAGCAUACGGUAAAAUCCCGGUAAUAACACUCAUGAGGGUCAGCCAUCGUUGUUGAAAUAGGAGUUCAGAACAUUUCGACUCAUUUUCUCCCCAUGCUUGUUGAAAGAAAUGCCGCGGAUUGCCCAUCCCUACUAGCAAGCGGUGACGGAAUGUUUGUUGUACAUCGGAAACGGGGGCGCAAUGAAUUAGAAUGAAACUGUGACUGCCGAAAGUUGAAAAUUUUAGCGGGAUGGAACCCCUUGCACUGUAAAAACAUGGGUUGCAAAGGGAGUGGAACAAUUCCGGAAACUUUGCCAUAAAUUGCUGUGGGAAAUUCGCCUGGGGAAUUGAGCAGAUGUUUCAAAUCCGACACUUUCCACAUGGGAAGUCACCGGGAAGGUAAUCGCGACCAAGCAUAACCGUAAAAAUUUUUUUUGUUUUGUCAGACAUCCAUCAAAAAUAGACGCCGUUACGCUUGCAGUGUUGCCUUGAGAUACGAGUGAGCCAACUUGAGGCUUUUUCCACAUACGAGCCAUCAGUCGGCCAUUUUUUAUUUUAUUGUAUUUUUUUGGCUUUGACUGAACUCCACUCACUUCACAAUAAGCAGCAGUUUAGCAAAUGUUACACAAUUAAUUUUAAAAAAUGCUUCAAAUUGUCACUCUCGGUUGACUUGUACUGUAUGUCGCACAAAAAUUACACUGUACAUCAAGCAACGUCGCUUUAGCUUAUGUUCGCCUAGCUUAAAGCUAACGUGCUAACCGUUAGCACCGAUAGUUUUAGAAGAAUAUUGCGGAAUAACAUAUCUACAUGUACAUCUAUUUUCCCCAAAUAGAUUUCAUCUAUCCCCGUCGAUUCCCACAAAUUCAUGUGACUUCCCGUGGAAAGUUUCCGACAUUGAAAAUUCCCGGAAUUUUUCCAACCCCCGACGGCAAGUAACCUUUCUAGAAACAUUAGCGGUUUUUGACAGUGUGACAUCUGACUUGUAUUGUGGCGGGGCGAACUUUGUAUGGAGUAAGGAUUCACUUCACUUGCUUAUUGUACCAACAUGAUGUUGGGAUAUCUUUUUUUUGGGGGGGGGGGGGGGGGGUUUGGCAUACGCUGGGUUACUUCUUACCAAACUCACUUGUCUGACUUUGAGUUAAUUAUGAGAAAAUAAUUCACGCGAUUGUGAUGUUACGGUUGAGCGAUAUGGUUUGAACAUAAAAUCUGACUUUGUUUCCACAAAAAAAAAGAUUUGAUCUUCUGAUUUAUUUCAAUCAGCCUCCCCCGUUCACAAAAACGCUGCCGUUGACGUUUCACGCCGUUUAGCUUUCAGUAUGUCGUUUAACGGCCAAUGGAAACAAGUUCUAUCACGUAUUAGAAAAAAUAAAAAUGCAACACCGUAUGUGAUCUGAUAUCUACAGAAAAAUAAAUUCUAAACAAACCAACAAGUAAAAUUAACUCACCCAGUGUAUGCCCAAUUUAGCUUUGGAUAGCAAAAUUUUGUCCCCAACAUCAGGCAUAGGCAAGUGGCGGCCGAGUUUAGUCUGUGCUCCUCGUCCCCUCCGAGUGCGUUUUGUCUGCGCACGAUGCAUGAAGAUCAACGUCCUUUGCUAACCCUUGUUGUAAAUUUGAAUUCGUGUCAAAAAAACGACAAGUAAUAAGAAUAAAAAAAAAAACAAAAAAUAAGCAACAUUCUGUGAGUGUUUCAUUACAACCAGUACAAAAGUUUCAACUUGAGCUUGACACCCCCCCCCCCAGUCCCCCCGCCUUCGCAAUCUACUUGACUGUUCAAGAUGUAGCGAUGCCAGGAAAUAAUGGUGGAGUGACUAAACAUGAGAAGUAAAUGGAAUACUAUGUUUACAUGCCUCAGUCCAUUCAUUUUGGCAGCUCCGCUCUGGUUAAUCCUGCUUUUUGUACACAGCAUGUGACGUUACGCACAUUGCAGUGCGUAAAAUAAAUAUUUGAGUCUUUCGGAAAAAUAUCAAAAGUCAACAUGUUGAUUGUUUUCCUGCAUUUCUUUGGAAUACGUUGUGCUCAGAAGUGAUCCUAUCCAUUGUUUGGUGUAUGAGAAUAAUAUGAUGCUGGAAGCCCAAAACGAAAAAAAAACACAAUUUUUUUAGGGUUUUCCCAGACUCGGAAAACAACAAAUUUUGCAGGCAUCAUGAUAAACACAAAAUAGCCUGUAGCACCUUGCUAGAAUGUUUAAAAGUGAAAAGACGUGCCCUGAAGCCAGUUUCUCUUGUGAACAUUUGGCAGGCUUGUCUAUCACAAGUAGACUCGGGUGGGGGGGGGGGAAACGUCUACGGCAGACAUGCCCGAUAAGACACAAGAAGACUGCCGUUUUGGUUAGAAGCCAACAUUUUGACAUUUGCUAGCUAGUCCGUUUACCUUAGCAACAUACAAUUUGGUCGGCAUGUCUAUGAGUUGACCCACCAAAAAUUUUCAAGAAAACAUGCCCAGAAACACUCAAAUCUACUAUUAUGGUAAGUCCCUAGACAACAUGUCUAUUAAUGAGUAAAUCCACAAAAAAAAAAAAAAAAAAUCUCUCAAACCCAUGCAGGAAAAGCCGCUGGCAAUCUGACAUCAAUUUAAUCAUUGAUUAACCUGUGGAUUAUUUUGUCGAUUAAUCGCCCCAAAAAAAUUCUCUCCAUUGAAAAAUUGGACUAAUGAUUAAUUUGAUCAGCGAUUAAUUGUCCAUUAAUCGCUGUACCUCUAGUUUUAAGGGGCUGCUUUAGAAUAAUUUUGGCCAAUUCCAAAGCUCCUCCAAAUACAAAAAUAAAUCGGAGAGAUUUUUGCCCCAUUACAUCGACCAUACGGGACUUGCAUCAUGACUUACUACCCAUAUCUGUCUGCUCAUGCGGUACCAGGUGUCUUUAUUGUUUGAAGCUGACAUGCAAUUAAAAGGUGCACCCUCACAAUCAACGCUAAUAGCUUCCAUGUGCGUGGGGAUGGGG